AAAAAUUGGAGGUAAACAUGCUUCUAGAGUUCAUGGUGGUCAAAAUCCAACUUCGCAACAUCUCGAAUUCCUUAGCAGAGUUGCAAUGAGGCAUAAGAUGGAUCGUCAUAAUUCUGGAAUGUAUUAUGCCGAGGCUUCCACACCCAAGGCAAUUAAUGAGAAUACUUCUGAAAUUGAGGAUAUCUAUGACUUAUAUGGGAGGGCUGAUCACACUUCCAGAAUACAUGGAGGUAGAAAUGAUUCCUGCCAUCAAUAUUUACGACAAUUGGCAUAUAGGCAUAAAAUAGGUCAUGCUUCAUCAGUUGAACAUUAUGGUGUAAUGAAUGACAGACCAAAUACUCUAGCACCUUAA